UAACUACAGGCACAAGCAGAAAUACCCUCUCCUCAUGCAGCACUGGAAAAUACAAUAACGACACACCUGUUCUGCCUCCACAUUCCUACAAUGAACUGUGGAAAAUAACAAAUUGUUUUUCUGGUGGAGACAGCUGACAGAGAGAAUAAUGGCCGGCGGUUCUGAGAGUAAACAAGAAGAAGAGGCACUUGGCAACCUAAUUGUUCAUUUCCAGAGCUACUUGCAUGGAGGAACCUCCAGCUUGCUGUCCACCCUUCCCACCCUUAUCGUCUUUCCUGUCUAUAAGACUGUUUUUCGUCAACAAAUCCACAACGCCUCAGUUCACAAGGCAGUGGCACAGCUCUAUAGAGAGGGCCCUGUGAAGCUCUAUAGGGGUGUGGCUCCACCGUUAGUGAUGAGGACGCUGAACGGCACGCUGCUCUUUGGCCUCCAGGAUACACUCCUCCGACAGCUCCCUCUGUCAUCCCACAAUGUCAUCUCUACCAAGGCCCUUCCUGCUCUGGCGGGGUUUGGGGCAGGUCUUGUAGAAGCCGUGGUUUUUACGCCCUUUGAGCGCGUUCAGAAUGUGCUGCAGAACAGCCAGAAUGACAGUCGUCUACCCUCGUUCAAGAGCGUCCUUCUAAGGCUAAAGGCAGAGGGGAUAGCUUUAGGCUACUACAGAGCCUUCCUGCCCAUUGCAGCCCGCAACGCCUUCGGCAGUUCCCUCUACUUUGGACUGAAGGGGCCUGUGUGUGUUGCUGUGGCAGAGCAGGGGCUCUCACCAAUAGCCUCCUCUUUCAUCUCAGGAGCAGUGAUAUCAAUGGCAGUCAGCUUGACUCUGUACCCACUCUCUGUGCUUGUGGCAAACAUGCAGGCACAAGUAGGUGGGGACGUUAAAGGGGUCAUAGCAUGCUGGGCUCUGCUCUGGAAAUCUCGUAAUCGGAGUUUGGCGUUACUGUAUCGAGGAGGUUCCAUGGUUAUCCUGAGGUCGUGCAUCACUUGGGGACUCACCACUGCCAUUUAUGACAGGCAGGAGAAACGAUCAGGCUGAAGAUACGUGCUCCAGACAUUUUUCGAUACGCUAGUAUCCACAAAAGUUCAUUCAAUUUUGAUAUUGUUUACAGGAGACAUUUUGAUUUAUAACCACAAGAAAAAACAGUAUUGAUAAGCCUUUAUAGUGCGGGAAUGAGCUAGCACAAACAAUUCUGGUACUCUGAAACCAUAAUUUAACUAUCAUUCAAUAUAUUACUUCCACCUACGCUUCUCUGAUGUUUACAGCAGUGAGUGUCUUCAGUGAAGAAAAUGCAGUCAUACUAACAAGCUAAUUUUGUGUGUCAAAAUGUGCUACCAAGCUGACAGCACCACUGCUUCUGGUCUCAGAGAUGGGUUUGAAUAGCUCUCCUUUGAUGAAGUUGUCAGUCACAUAUGCCUUGAAUUUUUAUUGUUUUGUAAGGAAAGUAAUUUUCGUUAUCAUGAUUAAGACUCAGAAAACAAGAAAUGCUGUAAGCCAGCCAGGCUUAAAGAACAGAUGCCAUAAUAUAGUCAGAAACACAGAUUAGUUUUCUAUUUCCUGAGAAUUAGGUUAUCUCAAUACUCAUCACGUUGGUUGCUUUGUGCACUGCCGGUAAUGUCAUCACACAGCCACAAUGUAGUUCUGCAGGGGCAGUCCAAGAUUUUUUGGGGCCUAAAGCAGAAUUUGAUUUGGGGCCCACCAACCACCCACUUCAGCGCAGCCACAAUUAUCCAUGAAUUGUCCAUGUUUGAUCAUUUGUCAUAUACAUAUACAUAAUCAUGCCUUUCUAGUGUAGUGGAAAGAAAUAAACCAAGUUAACUUUUGUAAAUUCAAAACAGCUGACUGUUCAUACUGUUUUUAAAAUGUGCAGAAUGGCAGAAAAGUAUGUUAAUUCAUAAACAUACCUUUAUCCCAAUGCUUCCCCCUCCUUUUUUUUUUAACAUAUUUGCUGUGGUCUACUUUGAAACACUUAUAGUGGACAUGACAGUGAAAGUGAUCAAACCAGUAGCAUUAACCUGUCAUUUUGUUAAUAUAUGUAUCAAAAAUAUUUAGCUUUCUCUUUCAUGAAUACAACUUAUAUAUCACAAAAAUUUGACAUUUAUUAACCUGCAUUGUGUGACAUUUCAAAUGCUCUCGGGGGCCCCCUGCUGGUGAGGGAGCCCGCAACCAGCUGCUUAGUCUGCUUAUGCUUGUCCUGCUUAAAAAAAGGUCACUCCCUCUUUCUAUGCUGUUAUAAGGUCAUUUACAACAAGCGAGUUGUUAGUAUCAGCCAGGUACACCUUGAACACGCACACCCAUUGACAAAAGUGCAAACUGCAGGUCGUGAGGUAUUAUUAUUAUUAUGUGUUAUGAAACAGGUUUUCUGUGCACGGAGGGAGUUAUGUUGUAGUUCUGUGUAAAACACUGUGGCAUUAUACUGAAUUAUAUUCAGUCUUACACUUUUUAAUGUAAUCUGUUAUUUCCUCAGCACUGUCAGUCUUUCUGUAGCCAGUGAUUGAAGGUAAUAAUCAUUGUUGUUUUACUUUUUAAAAAGUUGAUUUGAAUGUUUUUUGUUUGUGUGAAAUGUCAUUUUUAUUCUGGGCAUUUUAUGUGCUAAAGAGGACAACCUACUGUGACUCAUUAACUCACCUGUUCUUUUAAUUUUUUUUUAAAAUGAUCCUUUUAUACUGAUCCUUAGCAUAAGACCCCACAAAUCUAUGUGCUGUUUACA